AUGUUCCGCAGGGGAGCCACACAAAGCAUGAGCAAACUUAAAAGACUCAUACCAACAAGAGGCGUGCACACAUCUGCCAGACUUUUCACCUAUGACCACUUCAUCUUCAAUUUCGAUGACGUAGAAAAUUUAAAAAAGUUAAAAGAACUAAAAACGGAACCAUUUGUCGUACAAACACAAACGAAGAAGCACAAAUAUGAACACAUUUUAGAUCAAAAUAAAUUAAAAAAAACAAGAAAAUUGCUCAUCUUGAUUCGUAAAAAAUUGAUAAAUUGUGAACAGACCCCUCUGAAUAGGUUCUACUUCAUAUUUUAUAAAAAUGUAGACUGUCUCUCCGAGGCCGAAGUGAUCGAUUUGCUGUACUUGGCCGUGCGGAACAGGAAGUAUUAUGCGCAGCAAGGGCAUGUACAGAGUGGCUUCGACAGUGAGGCGGGUGGUCCCCAUGACGGGGGCAACAAUUCCAUCAUCGGGGAGGGAAGCCACUUUAGUAGGAACAACGUACAAGACAUUUCUGAUCAUGUCUACACCAAUGUAAGUUAUGCGAAAGAUAUCACCGUAGAUAACUGGCACGGCGAGCAUCUUGGGGGGGAAAAUCAGAGGGCAAAUGAAGACUGUACACCAGGAGGAGUAGACCCCGAAUGGGGUGAAGACGUAAAUAAUGAUGAAUGUUCUCGUCUGAAAUGCAAACAGGGGGGUUCCAUUGCAGAGAGUAGUGGGACUACCAAUUGCUUGGUGACUAUGGAGGAAGAUGGACUGGAUCCCAAAAAUGAUCACAAGUACACUCAAAAAAGUGCCACUUUUAAGCGCCGAGAUGUCGAUUAUGUGCUGAGGCUUCUGUCCUCAUUGAGGAACUCGCUAAGGGAAAGAAAAAUUGUCAUGGAAAAUACGAUGACCUUGCUGGACGUGUACAAAUUGUCGUACUGCUUGCGCCACUACAGAAUGGUGGAGAUGGACAAUUUCAUAGUCACAUAUAUUUGCGCUUUGCUAAAAAAAGAAAUCAAUCACCUAAAUCAAAACAGGAGCGACUACGAAAUAAGAGACGAUGAGCAGUUGAACAUUCUGCUAAACGUUCUCAUCAUACAUCAUAAAAAAUUGAAGGGGCAUUUUUUUAACCUGUUAUAUGACUACCUAUUUGCUGUGCUCAAAAGGGGAAUCUUCAGCCUGUCCUGCAAGAAUAUCUGCCUACUACUACAAGUGAAUAAUUUCCAGGUGAAUAAAUACGAUCCCUUUUUUCUUUCCCUGCUUGGACGAGAACACCCUCUUUCCCAGACAGUACCGCGCAGGAUAGCACGCGAAAUGGUGAACAGUUCUCCGACAACCGCCUCGCUAUCCCUGGCGGACAUCAACUACCUGCUGUUUUACCAACUGGAAAACGGCGGAAUGAGGGACACACCCCGAUUUGACCUACUCACGGACCUCCUUGCCAACACACCUGAAAUGACUUCUCAAAAGAUUCAAAAUGUACACCUGCUAUCUUUGCUACUGCUCCGCUGUGACUACUCUAAAAAGUACGCCAGAGAAACGUACGAUAAAUUUGUGGAAAUAGUUUAUCAUAUGUAUUCAUACCUGAGGAAGAAUAUGAAUAGCUUAUUAGAGAAUAAAAAAAAAAGAGAACACCUUUUGAAUGUCCGUUUUUUAAAAACUUUUUCCCUAGCUCUAUCUCUGAUAGGAACUAACCUCCAUGUGAAUGAUGAAUUGUGUCUCUUCGUACUUUACCUUAUAACCAAUCCGGAGCAAACACUGACCAUCCGUGACUACAUAGAUUUAUUAAAAAUCUCCAAUUUUUAUAACUUCCAAAAGGAGCUAUAUUUUAACAGGAACGCUCUAUACUGUGAAGACAAGACGUGCUUCUACAUCUAUGCCAGUGCAGACCACCAGCGGUACCCCCCCCUCAACUGGGAGUCAUUAUCAAGUUACAUUUACGAAUGCUUAAAGGUGGUAUAUUCCUUUGAAGAGGAAGGAAGAAAUUGGAUUGAGACCCAUGGAGGGGAUCUUGAGAAGGAGAGGAAGAUGGUAGGCACGUGCAACGGGAUAGCCAUCAUGAAGGAACCGCAUGUGGAUGACCAACCCAAGGCAGACAUGAUGAAACUUGGCGCGCAUACAGAGGUACCCCCACUAAUAGGUAACCUCGAAACGUACCUUCUGAAAGGGUACCCAAAGGAUGGGAAAAACGGCGCCAUUGAGAACCCCUUUCGAGUGAAACCACCCGCACAGUGCCUAAAUAAGCAGAAGGCGGCAAAGAAGAACAAAAGCUACUACAUGCAAAUUUUGGACAUCCUACCAUUGAUACAAAACGAUGCAAGAGACAAACCUUUUUAUAAACACCUGUUGCGAUUAUUUCAAAGAGACGUGCGUCAUUUUAACCUACACGUGUUCGACUUAGACAAAAUCCUAUUCACGCAUAGUCUCCUCAACAUAAAAAAAGAGGAUCUCUCCAUGAAUAUUCUAAACUUACUAGACAGAGUGAAAGAAAAUCUUAUGAGGGAGGAUAACCCUUUGGAAAAAGAAACGUACCUGCUUCAUUCUCUCUGCAACAUACUUCUCACCAUGGCUGAAUUGAACCUCCUUCCAAUCGUGGACAUAAAAAUUUUUGAAAAAAAGGUCCUUACGAAUAUCCAUUUAUUAAAUAUCGGUGCUAUUCUCACUCUGAUGCAGUAUUACAUUUUGAAGGGAGCAGGGACGACGGGGCUAAGUACACACACUAAGACGAUUGCGUUACUGGUUAUGCACUAUAUUAAGAAGAAGUAUCGGCUCUCGAGGGAUGGUGCAGAUGGAGACGCAUACCAAUUUGAGAUGUUAAAGGGGGAUGUAAAUUAUCCAACCAUCGAGCGCUACCUACACCAAAGGGGUAGUCAUAAUGGGAAAACGGCUUCCACGGGGGAAUACCAAAUGGGGGACCGUUCAUGUGGCCCCAAAACCGAUGCAGUGGAAAACGAAAGCAGUUAUUGUGUCCCCUUUGAAAAGAUAAACGAAGAUGAUUUGUACGAAUUUCUACUGCUAAGAUUGGUGUUCAUCCAUCUCGUCACCCAUACGACCCUCUUUCACGACAACAUAAAAUAUCACCAUGGGGAAGAGAGGCACUACCGCUCUAUGAUGAAUAACCUUAACAGAAUUGUCCUUCACCUUAAGACUGAUUUCUCAGAUAUGUUGUUGAUCGGUCUGACGGAUGGUGUCCUUGUAGACGGUGGUAAUGACAUGCGGGCUCCCCAAGAAAGGGGCUCUACGAGUCGGCAAAAUAUGCAAAAGGACAGAGAACAAGCAAAAAGGAGGAUUGUAUCCAGCUGUGCAGCCCACGAAGUGCAAAACGAGCACAUGGUAGGAUCCCCAAACCAAAAUAACAUCCUUAGCCGCGCGAAUUUCCACCUACUUCUCAGCUACGUUACAUUCACCCUUAAGCAUGACCUGAAUUUUCUCAUGAAUGACCGAAUUUUCCACGAAACCUUAGCCAUGCAACAUUUGUUUGUUAAGAACUUCAAAAGCUUGUACUACAAUUAUAAAUACUCAUUUGUCUAUCACAAAUUAAUGCUUUCAUUAAUUUUUGAUAUGAGGAGAAAAAAGUCGAUGCGGAUAAAUUGCCCUUUAAAUGCCUUCAAAAAAAGCCCAAGUGACAUGGAAAAAAUGAAUAUAAAUGAGUACACACAUAUAUUAAGGCUUUUUAGUGCUCUGUGUGCAGAGGAGGGAAUGGAGGAAAAUGCCUUUUACAAAUACUUAACACAAAACAGUGUGCAAAUGUAUAGCCCACAGCAGCUCCAGAAGUAUGACAUCUUACUGAAUCGCCACUUAAUUUACGACAUGAACAGGAGCGAAAUUGUUAGCGUUCAUUUGAAUGUCCCUUUUUUUAACUACAUUAUUCCAAUGCUCAUAGAAACAAAAACCUUUGCUGUGGCUGUGCAGGUGAUUUUCACCCCUACGGAAAAUGUAGACACGUAUGCAACACUGUUCAACGUCAUGUGGGCAUUCUUAAAAAGUUAUAAUUAUGACGUGAUACUGAUGAAGAGAAGAGGGGAAGAGUAA